CGCUUUUAUUUUCAAACAGUGACCGGAAGUUUACAGUUGCGCAAGCUUCCUUGAUAGUUUGACAGCUCGUACUGCGCAGCAUCGUGAUAGCAGCUGUAAACUCAAUUGCUGCUUCUUUCUGCAUUGAAAAACAAAACGCUGCAUUUACCAAAACUGCCUGAAAAUGCUGUCUUACAUCAUCGGUUUGAUCCGAGGCGGAUUUGACAGCAUCGUCAACCUAAUCUUCAGACUUCUGUUCAGAAAGAGCAGACCCGCCCUCACUUUAGAAGACCCCAACAUUAAGUAUGCACUGCGGGUGCUGGACAAACAGAUUGUCAGCCAUGACACCAGAAAGUUCCGCUUUGCCCUGCCUUCCUCUGAACACAUCCUGGGUCUCCCCAUCGGGCAGCAUAUCUACUUGUCUGCAAAGGUAGAUGGGAAGCUUGUAGUGCGUCCGUACACACCAGUGUCCAGUGAUGAUGACAAAGGCUAUGUGGACUUAGUGGUGAAGAUUUACUUUAAAGAUGUCAAUCCUAAAUUCCCAGAGGGUGGGAAGUUGACUCAGUACUUGGAGAGCCUCAGGAUCAAUGACACUAUUGACUUUAGAGGACCGAGCGGUCUCCUCGUUUACCAAGGCAAAGGUGCUUUUGCCAUUCAGCCAGAUAAAAAGUCCCCCGCUGACAUGAAAACAGCCAAACAUGUUGGCAUGAUCGCCGGAGGGACAGGAAUCACUCCGAUGCUGCAGAUCAUCACAGCUGUCAUGAAGGAUCCAAAGGACCAGACGGUGUGCUACCUGCUGUUUGCCAACCAGACUGAAAAAGAUAUUCUGUUGCGUCCGGAGUUAGAAGAAAUCGAGGUCAACAACCCGGACCGGUUCAAGCUUUGGUUCACCCUGGACAGAGCACCUGAAGACUGGGAGUACAGCCAAGGCUUCAUCAAUGAAGACAUGGUGCGGGAGCACCUGCCGGCUCCAGGUGACGACACCCUCAUCCUGAUGUGCGGACCUCCACCCAUGAUCCAGUUCGCCUGCAACCCCAACCUGGACAAAGUGGGCCACUCCAGCAGCCGCAGGUUCACCUUCUAAACGCCUCAUAAGGGCAUCCAGCUAUCAUAAUCUCUCCAGUACAGUUGCAGCGGUAUUGCACUAUAUAUAUGUAUACAGUAUUUAUGCCAUGCAACGUUCACUAUGAGGCAGAAUCCCAGCACGGACCAAUUCAUGUAAUCACUAAGAGUCACUGAAGGGGAAAAAGUCAAUAUGAAGCCUUUUAAGGUGAUUAAAAGUAGGAGAUGGAUCAUGAAAGGUGUAGAGGUUGUUGGCUUCAAUGAUGUUAUUCCAAAUCUGUUGCAAAUUAUAUUGAGGUUUAUGGGAUGUUUUGAGUGCCUUAACACUUGCAAAGCUUUUUAUAUGCACCGUUUAAGAGUCAAGAUCACCUGCUUCAUUCAUACAGAACUGUAUCGUUAUUCCAUUGAAGCGUUUGCAACUGUGUUAGCAUUAAACCUGCCCUCUGUCUGUCUUCAAACAUGUUCUGUAACCUGUUAAAUGGGAUGUUGUCACUGAUACGAUAUCCUUGUUGCAGCGGUGGCUACUUGUGUUUGGAUAUGCAACAUAAAAAAAAUCAAAUGCUACUGAGUUUGAGAUGCUUUGAUUAUUUUUUAUCCGACCUGUGUGUGUCUUAAAAUAAAGACAAAUGGAGAAAAAGCA